AUGGCCCAUAUUGCCAAGUGCCUCGUCGAUAUCGACACCACCUAUAUAACCAACAAGACCUCGCAUCUAUUCAGUGAUUUGAAAACAUCCCCAAAUCCCCAGAACGAGAAGCCAUUCACCUGGAGAAUGCAACAAUCCGAUUCUUCGAAGAAGUAUCAGCUUUUUCCAAAGGAGAAGAGACUGCCAGUUCUCAACAGCAACAAAGGCGUAGACGCCGAGAAAGCUACCAUGGCACCUUCAACAUCGUCAAACGAAAAGACGGACUUCCAAACAGGACUCAAUGGCUUGAAGAAGCGACUCAAUCAACAUAGUCUGGCUCGACGACGCAAGAUCAGUGUGCCUGAAGUUGGGCCCAUGACGACCGUUCAGGAAAUGCCCAUGGACUCUCCAACAAUUCCUGGCCGCCCACCUUUCCACGAGCGUUCAAUCAGCGCGCCUGGUAACUCCUGCAGAGACUACAGCUUCACAGACACGUUUCUUUUUGCUUCUAGUGACGAUGAAGGCCCUGAUCCCCAAUUGUCCAAGAAGGUGAAGGCUGGGCCAAUUUCACGAACCGCAACUCCUACUUCACCAAGGCACCUGGCUCCCCUGGUCAUCCCUAGACAUGGAGGACAGUCGCCUUUACUUCGCCGCCAACAGUCUCUCAACUGCUUCCCAGUAGGAAACGAGCCUAUUCGGCAGGGUCGCAGUAACGGAUCUUCACCUCAAAGCCGCAGCGCGUUCACCCCAACUUCCUCUAUGCCCGACCUUACCACGCCCAGGUCAGCAACCACAGGUUCCAUAACACCCACUCCAGUCUCUGCACCACUCAUCGAGACUCGGACCGAAUCCCCACAACUUUCUGAUGGACGUUAUACGCCUCCCAUUGCUUCCAACGAAUCCGUUCGUGGGGGUCAUCGAAGGGGUGGCUCUGAAUCAUCAGUCAUGAUGGAUAGGGGCCGCCCUCGCAAGAGGCGUGACCCCCGUACUACAAACGGACAGAUUAUUCAAAGACCUGAGUCGAAGAGGGGUCAGAGCACAGAGAAGAAGGCUUUUGAGCAGCUUCCUGUCGGUGUAAAACACGCUGACGCUUCGAAGGAGCUUCGACAGCCCGAGCUUGCUUUACUCCAGAAGCAGGCAUAUGAACAAGUGAGUAGGUUCGAGGUCCUGAGGGUUGAGGAUGUCGAGGCGCUCUCCAAAGAGCUUCGCCAUCUGGAUGAGAAGACCGAAUACCUCCGCCGAACUUAUACAGCUCUUCGAUCAGGCCGCAAGAACCUCCACUCUCGUAUCUGCCAGUACCUGCGUUCACCACGCGUUGCCAAGUUCAGCAACGAGUCAAUGUUGAAGCAAGAAGAGGCACUCACUGAACUGGAUGCUUCGAUCGACGACUGGGUGAACAAGCUGGAACAAGCCGAGAACCGACGUACUCGCGUUCGACAGAAGCUGCUCGAACAUCUUGCUGCAGCUGCUUGCCUUCCUAUCUGGGGAUCAACUCUGACGCAGGAGCCUCAGAUGACUGGGACAUCUGCUUCUGGCAUCAAUUACAUUUCGACACCUCCUCGAAGCCCUUCUAAGGAGUCACCCAUCUCGCCUCACAACACAAGCAGCUCGCCUUCCCCCCAUCGCGCUAUGGCUCAAGUACCUAGCACCAUUGAAGAGCAGCCCAUCAUUGAAGAACAGGCUAUGAAGGAGAGUGACGAUCGGGCUAUGAGCCCUACAUCUUUGAAGCGAAGCGAUGUGGAGAGCAUCCGUAUCUAUGCUGGCGACGAUGUGUACUCUCUUUUGGCUGAUGUCGAAGACGAAAUCACCAAGAUGAGCAAGCAAGUGGUGCACGAACCCACGCCUCCCACUGAUGCCAAAGAAACGAAUCGCAUCGCAGUCCACCGUCAGAGGAGUCACGAGCUUCUGAAUGGAUUGUCUACAGAAAAUCAUUCCACGAAAAGGCGGGACGUCUCUGAGGGCAGAGCAGUAUCUCCCCUUGCACCUACACCCAUGCCUGUAACGACGACGAACACGACUACCACUACUACCAACGCCGGGCAGAAUGUGCCACCAGCAGGUGGCCUGCCUCUGCUCGCAAACGUUGUCUAUCGCCCCUGA